AUGACCCAGAUUGCUGAUCAGAUUCAGUGGUUCACUGAUAACAAGGGGCUGGCGCAGAAAAUGCACAAUGAGGUCAUGGGCAAGAAGGCGGUUCGCGAGGGGCGCCUGCGCCGCCAGCUGCAGCCGCCGCGCGAGAGACCCAGCUCGCAGGCCAAGGCCAGCGAG